AUAAAAAAACAUUUUUUAAAAAGGUAAGAAUUCAACAUUUAUAUGUGGAUAGACUUAAAUUAACUCAUUUAAUUGAAAAGAAUUAAUAUAUAAAAGAAAAAUAAUGCAUAAUCGACUUAAAGUACGUACAACUGAAGCACAAAAAGCUGCAGCAGAUCGGGAAAAAGAAAAAAAACUUCAACUUUAUCGAAAAAGUCUCAAAAAUGUAUUUGAACAUCGGUCACAUGGUGAUCAUGAUGAUUUAGCAUUAAAAUCAUCAGAGGGACUCUUACGAUCCAAUCCUGAUAUUGUUACUUUAUGGAAUUAUAGAAAAGAAAUAUUAUUACGUUUGAAUCCAUCAAAAGAAAUGAUUGAAGAAGAACUUUAUUUAACUGAGAAAUGUUUACAAGUAAAUCCAAAAUCUUAUUCAGCAUGGUAUCAUCGAAACUGGGUAUUAGAAAAUGUAGAUCCUAAUCCAGAUUGGAAUAAAGAAUUGUUAUUGUGCACAAAAUACUUAAAAAUGGAUGAAAGAAAUUUUCAUUGCUGGGAUUAUCGACAAAUAGUUGCAUUAAAAUGUCAAGAACCACAUGAAAAUGAAUUGAAGUUUACUUUAGAAAUGAUAGAAUCUAAUUUUUCAAACUAUUCUGCAUGGCAUUAUCGAUCAAAACUUUUUAGUGCAGCAGGAAAAGAUGAAGAAUCAACAAAAAUUUCAGAAUUAUCAUUAGUAGAAAGCGCAGCCUUUACUGAUCCUUUUGACCAAAGUGCUUGGAUAUAUCAGCGAUGGUUGAUAGGAAAGUUAGAACCAUCAAAGUAUAUUUAUAAUGCUUCAAUAAUUGAAAGUAAAAUUUAUCUCAUACUUAACAGAAAUUUACCAAAUAAUUAUAAAAUCAUAGGUUUAGACAAUAAUAAUUGGGAACAUUUUGAUUCAAAAAUUUGGUUUAAAGAAGUUGAUUGUGUAGACAACAUCGAAAUAAAAAUUAUUAACGAAUUGAAUCAAGUAGAAGAUAAGAUAUUAAUAAAUAAUAUUCGACAAGAUAUAUUUAAUUUUAUUAUUAGCGAACAACUCCAACUUGUUAUGAAAGCACAACUAGAUAGUUUACAACAAUUAUUAGAAAUGGAACCAGAAAGUAAAUGGGCUUUACUGACAUAUGUACUACUAUUAUACACAUUAAAACCAAAAAAUUAUUUUGAAAAAUGCAUAGAAAAUCUCAAGUUAUUAAAAGUAAUUGACACUUUGAGAAAAAAUUAUUAUAAUGAUCUUGAAAGUCGUUACCGAAUUGAAAAUUGGAUUGCAAAUAAUAAUAGUACAGAAUUUGUAACUUUAAAAGGAUAUGGAUUAACAGCAUUUUAUCACAUGCAUAUGUUUCUAUUUAGCAAACAUAUUGAUUUGAGUGAUAAUGAUUUAUCUAAAAGCAAUUUAAACCAUUUCAAAUACUUAACUAUGUGUAAACAUUUAUCUUUGAAGAAUUGUCAACUGGUAAACUUAAAUAACUUUCCAGCUUUACAAAAUCUUGAAAUUAUAGAUUUAAGAGAAAACCAAAUUCAAGAUACUUCAUGGGAGGAAUUAAAAAAAUGUAAACUUCUCAAAUCGAUUUUAGUGGAUAAUAAACAAACAGUGACUGAGAAAAUAUUACAAGGAAUCAUUCAGUCUAUUAAUAUUAAUGAUGAAUAAUUAUGAUACACAUUUCAUAUGGUUAUUUUUCAUGAAGCUUAAUUUAUGUUAA